CUGAAACCUACGACGCACAGCUACGGCAGUUCUGUCCCGUAUUGCGUAUUGGGUACGCCUUAGAUACGUAUCUGGGUUAAUGAAUACGGCGUUUAACAGAUGGAUACGGAUAUCCCUUCCUUUGCCCUUUGAUGGGAUCUGGUGGAAGAAGGGCUCGCAACGGAGAUGACGUGAUCUGGUGGAAGAAGGCCUCGCGAAGAAGAUGACACAAUUUGAUUUUUCCGAAUAAGAAUAAGUAAAGGGUGUCGGUAAGCCUGAGAGAAAUGAGUAGAAGCAACAGAAAGCGGUCUUCUAAAUGGGAUUUGGUAGAAGGGCCUCAAUUUGAAGAUGCAAAUAUGCAGGACAACGGUUGGAUGGGAAAGGCAGGUAGGGCAUUUCAUCAUAAGGAAUCUGGACGUGACUGGCUUUCUCCGGAGACAAAUGAUCUGCACAGACCUAAGCAUGAUUUGGAUUUGCCAUCCAGGGAACCUUUGCCCGGAAGCAGAGGCUCACAUAAAAAUGAGAGUAUCAAUAAGGGAUGCAAUAGAUACAUGAAUGACUCUAUGGUGUGGGAUGGAGAUGGAAAUUGCAGCACAAGGAUGUCUCCUGGUCUUGAUGAGUGGAGAGAACAUCGCAGUCGGUCCCCAAAAAGUGGUUGGAGAAGGUCACUGAGAGGUAGGAGUAGAAGUAGAAGCAGGAGCAGGAGUAAGAGCCAGAGCUGGAGUAGGAGCCCUGAUCGUGGUUAUAGGCGGGAAUCACUUUUCCUUGACAGAAAUAGAGGCAGGCCAGGAAUUUCAGCUCAAUUGUGCAAAGAUUUUAUGACUGGGAGAUGCAGAAGGGGUAGUGAUUGCCAAUUUCUUCAUGAGGGUAAUUCCAAUUAUGAUGAUAGCUGGGAAAGUCGACACAGGAAACGUGAUGCUUCGAGAUACUCUACCCCUCCUGAUACCAAGUACUACCCAUUAAAAAGUGAAAGAUAUUCUGUGUAUUGUAGUGAUUUUGCAAAAGGGAAGUGCCAGAGGGGGUCAACUUGCAAGUUCGAUCACCAUCGUGCUUCUGAUGGAUUCAGUAAAGGUUCUACAAAUGAGAAUACUAGAGAAAGGGAAAAUGAAAGAAGGAACAGAGAUACUUCUACAGAGCGAGGUGCCGAGCGUGUACCGCACAGGAGUAGUGAUAUUCCUUGCAAAUUUUUUGCUGCUGGAAAUUGUCGUAAUAAAAAGAAUUGUCGGUUUUCUCAUCAUAUUCAAGCUCGUGCAAGUCCUGAAAGAAAGUCACAGGAUGGCAGGUGGGGCCCAGGUCACAGUUUAAAUGAUGCAGGCCCGGCAUGGAGUGGUCCAAAAUGGAGUGAUACCGGGAGUCUGUCAGAUGCCGCAAUGUUGACUGUAGAUAACAGAAAUAUUGGUGUUCCAGAGGUAAGGUCUAGUGCUUGGUCUGUAGAUGAUAAUAGAUGGGGGUGUGAUCAGAACAAUGAGAACAAAAAUUGUGCUGACCGUAGUGUUAGUCAUGAAGCAGUUGAGAGGAAUGAGAACGAUGCAAAUCUGUGGAAUGAAGAUAGUGUGGGUGCUCGUGUGGAUCUUCCUAAAUUGAGAGAUACUGAAAAAUGGCUUGGUGACAUGUCUCCUGAUUGGAAUUACACGGUGCAAUCCUCCAACCAUGUUGGGAAACAAGAGCAUAGUCGCAUUACUCAAGGUUCAGAACCUUCCACUCAGGUGCAUGGUGCUGCUUCAAUUAUUGAACCAAUGGUAGCUGAAAGAUCUGAUUUUCUGCAGAACAAGGAUGUAAGGGUAGAUGGAGUUAUUUCCGUGCCAUAUGACAAUAGGACUGCCAUUGAAGAACCUUCUAGUUUUCGUAAUAACCUAAAUGUUACUGCAAAUAUCAUGGCCCGCCAAAGCUUUGACCACAGUGGCCAGAGUUCAAGUGCUUUUCCUUUUUCUGGAUUAAGCACAAUUGGGCAAAGUAAAAACCAAAUCCCAUGCGGAGGAGUUGUAAAAAGUCCACAAGAUACACUGUCCCCAGAGAGUAAAUCUGUGACCAAGUUAGAUAUAGGGGAUGCAAAAACUUCACUAGUUGAUGGAAUUCCUCAAGUUCCAAAUUUGGUAGGUGGUAAAGAACUUACGGAACUUACCAAUCUUUCAGCUUCUCUGGCUCAGUUACUUGGAAAUCGGCAGCAACUUCCACAGAUUUAUGCUGCUUUAAAUUCUCAUAAUGCACCUCUCCUUCCCAAAUCAGAAGGAUCCACUGAGCAGCUUUUGGCAGCAGCCAUUCAGCACGAUCCAAUGGUGGUAUCUCAUAAGCCGUAUGAUCCUAUGUGUGAUAGCAUAGAACAUAGAAUUAGUAACAAUCAAAUGUGUCUUUUGCCAAAUAGUGCUGGAAACACAAGCAUUGAUGGAAAAGUAGAGAACCUGUCAAAUGUUGUAUCUCCAUCGUCUUUACCUAGUGGAGCAAAUGUAAACAAUUAUCAACAGACUAAUAAUCCACUAGAAGAACCUACACUUAAGGAUCACCAAUUAAGUCAACAUGGUGCAAAGUCUGAGGUUGUCAAGGGAAAUGGUGCACUUGGGGCCGAGGAAAGCAAGAGCGCGCAGGAAGAGAAUAAUUCCCCAGAGAAUGGUCCCAUGGAGGUUACAGGGGGCAAGAAACUCAAGGAAGUGAAGGGGAGCCGUGCAUUUAGAUUUGCGCUUGUGGAAAAUGUCAAGGAGCUUUUAAAACCCUCAUGGAAAGAAGGUCAAGUCAGCAAAGAUGCUUACAAAACGAUAGUGAAGAAGGUGGUUGAUAAAGUGACCAGUACCAUGCAGGGGGCUAAUAUUCCCCAGACUCAAGAGAAGAUUGACCAUUAUCUAUCAUUUUCAAAACCGAAGCUUACUAAACUUGUACAGGCAUAUGUAGAAAAAAUGCAGAAGGGUUAAAAGAGACACAACUUGUGUUUGUUCGCUUCUAUUGUUUUACAAAAUUCCGCCUGAUGUUCCCGGUGUGUUUAUGCUCCGGCAGCCUUUGGAUCUCUGAGGUUUUCUUUUCUUUUUCCGGUUACAUGAAACGUCUUACUUUUUUAUUUUUUUUUUUGUCAUUCCCUUGAUGUAUACUAUUUGGUGCAAGGAUAGUUGAACUCUAGGACUAAGAUGGGCAUAUGAGAGAUUAAUUAUUCUUCCUCUUGUGUGUAA